AUGUCUUCCUCGGCCUCUUCCGCAAUCGGCGCCCCCCUUCACAUCCGUCCUCUCCUCAACUCACUGCACAAACUCUCCCUGGACCAAGAAGCCGCGCUAAAGAAAGACAAAGAGUCGAAGCGGUUCGUAUCAUCGGAUGCAGCCGAAUCAGCAGACUUUGAUACGCUCAUGCGCGACAAGUUCAUUGCGCUCGACGAGGACAAAUGCCAGUUUUUGUACCAGCUUCUCCGGGCAAAGGGCGCCACCACUGUCGUAGAAGCGGGCACAAGCUUCGGCGUCAGCACGAUCUACCUCGCUCUUGCGGUUGGUAGAAAUGCGUCGGCUUUGGGGAAGGAAGGGCGGGUGAUUGCGACAGAAAAGGAGGAUGAGAAGGCUGAGAAGGCUCGUACGUACUGGAAGGAGUGCGGUGAGAGCGUGGAAGCAUUUGUUGACCUGAGGGUUGGAGAUCUACUGGAGACUUUGAAGAAGGACGUCAAUGAUGUCGACCUUUUGCUUUUGGACAUUUGGUCUCCGUUGGCGCUGCCAACGCUAAAGCUGGUUCAGCCAAACAUGAAGCCAGGCGCGGUGGUUGUGACUGAUAACACUGUUGUAUCGGCGGAAGGGUACAAGGAACUCUUAGAGUAUCUAUAUACGCCAAACAGCCCCUUUACGAAUGUUACUCUUCCGUAUACUGGAGGGUUGAUGAUGAGUGUAUACUACCCGUAG